AAAAAAAGAGAAAAAGAGAAGAGAAAAGGUUUAAAUAGAAGAAGAAAAAACCCUAAUCGCUAAUCAUAUCUCUUGUGCCGGCGAAAAGAAAAAAGAGCAACAAUGGCGGGAGGGAAGAUAAGGAAGGAGAGGGCAAGUGCGUCGAAUCGAGCACCGUCGAACCAUUACCAAGGAGGAAUAUCGUUCCAGAAAUCGAAAGGGCAGCAUAUCCUGAAGAACCCUCUGCUAGUGGAUUCGAUCGUUCAGAAAGCGGGGAUUAAGAGUAGCGAUGUGAUCCUGGAGAUCGGUCCCGGUACCGGAAACUUGACCAAGAAGCUUCUAGAAGCGGGUAAGCAAGUUAUCGCCGUCGAGCUCGAUCCCCGUAUGGUUCUCGAGCUUGAGCGCCGUUUCCAAGGAACCCCCUUUUCUAACCGCUUGAAGGUCAUUCAAGGUGAUGUGCUCAAGACCGAGCUUCCCCGCUUUGACAUUUGUGUGGCAAACAUUCCCUAUCAGAUAUCAUCUCCUCUCACUUUCAAACUUCUCUUCCAUCCAACCAGCUUCAGGUGCGCUGUGAUCAUGUACCAGCGGGAAUUCGCCAUGAGACUCGUUGCCCAGCCCGGGGACAAUCUCUACUGCCGUCUCUCUGUCAACACUCAGCUCUACGCCAGAGUCUCCCACCUCCUCAAAGUCGGCAAGAACAAUUUCCGCCCUCCCCCUAAGGUGGAUUCUUCCGUUGUCAGAAUCGAACCCAGGAAGCCUGGCCCUCAGGUUAACAACAAGGAGUGGGAUGGCUUCUUGAGAGUCUGUUUCAUCAGGAAGAACAAAACCCUGGGAUCUAUUUUCAAGCAAAAGUCUCUUCUUUUGAUGCUCGAGAACAACUUCAAGACUCUUCAGGCCCUUCUUGCUUCUCUGCACAACAAUGGAGAAGCUGCUGCCACCCAUCUUGCUGACCACAGCAUGGGAAUCGAAGAUGAUGACAAUGAAAUGGAUGACGAUGAUGUGGACAUGGAUGAUGGAGAAGGAGAGACAUCUGAGUUCAAGGACAAAGUUAUGAAUGUCUUAAAGGAAGGUGGUUUCGAGGAGAAGAGAGCUUCAAAGCUCUCACAACAAGAGUUCUUGUAUCUUCUUUCGUUGUUCAACAAGUCUGGUAUUCACUUCACAUAGUCUUAUCCUAGGAAAGUUUUGUCCUUUCAUUAUUGACUCUCUCAUCAAAGGUACAAUGUUUUUCAUUGAAGCUUGUUUUAAGUUUUAUGAUCUUGGGUGGAUACUGAAAGUUUCUCCUUAGAAACCAACUCAUACAAGAAUAUUUUUCUGUUAAUUUUGAAUGGUAUCUUCAAAUUUUUAUGACGCUCA